ACUUACAAACGGAAUUACAAAGUUAAUAUAGCUUCCAUAGUAUAAUUGAUAAAUUUGUAUUGCUUAUACAGACCCCAUCAACGGAAACAGAAUGGCUAGCAGUAUCGGAAAAAUUUUAUGAGAAGUGGAAUUUCCCAAACUGUAUUGGGUCUAUAGACGGCAAACAUGUCGUUAUGACAGCGCCUUCUCAUUCCGGAAGCAUUUACUUCAACUAUAAAGGAACUCACAGCAUUGUACUCAUGGCUAUUGCAGAUGCUUCCUACAAAUUUUUAUAUAUUGAUGUUGGGUCCAAUGGAAGAAUAUCAGAUGGUGGAGUUUUCCGAAAAACGUCAUUUAAUAAAGGUCUGGUUAACGAAAAACUAAAUUUACCACCACCAGAACCAUUGACAGGCAGAACAGUUUCAGUUCCUUAUGUUCUUGUUGCGGAUGAUGCAUUCGCUAUGACACCCAAUAUAUUAAAACCUUUCAGUGUCCGCAAUAUGAAUGCAAUUCAGAGAAUUUUUAACUAUCGUUUGUCUAGAGCUAGACGAGUUAUAGAAAACGCAUUUGGAAUUCUGUCUGCCCGCUUUCGUGUACUACGAACCCCAAUAAAGGUUGAUCCACCAAAAGCAAUAAAAAUUACUACUGCCUGUUGUGUGUUGCAUAACUACCUGAUGUGCCGCAAUAAUUCGAUAUACUUCAACCCAAAUCUAGUGGACCACUAUACACAAGAUGGAACACUAGUACUAGGUGAAUGGCGCAGUGAACGGGCCUCUGAUAGUCUUAUAAAUCUACAACCUCAUCGGUCUUAUAUUGCACCUAAUUGUUCUACUGUAAGGGACGAGUUUUCCCAAUAUUUUGUAGAAGAAGGCGAAGUUCCCUUCCAAUACAAACAUAUAUAAAAGUUUAAAUAAAAUGAUA